CGUCUCUCUCCCAGCUCACUGCCCCGAUCACCGCGCCGCGCGCCGGCCGCCGGCCAACUUCGCCAUGCGGAGCCCCAGGAGGCGACGUGUCCAUCCCACGGCAAUGGCGCCGUCGCGUUCCAUGGCGACCGACCCUCACCCGCCGUCGCCGGCGGCCAAGUCGAGGAGGCUGGCCGAUGGUGGCGCCGGCGGCGUCGACGUGUUCGACCGGCUGCCUGACGAUGUCGUCGUCACCGUGCUCGCCAGGCUCGCCGCCGCCGCCGCGUCCCCCGCCGACAUCGCCUCGGCGGCGCUCGCGUGCAGGAGGUUCCGGGAGCUCGCGGCGCACCCGGCGGUGCUGUCGCGCGCGUCGGCGGCGGCCGUCGCCGUGCGAUGGGCUGCGUGGUCGGAGACGGCGCAGAGGUUCUUGCGGCGGUGCGCGGCCGCCGGCAGCCUCCACGCGUGCUACUUCCUCGGCAUGGUGAGGUUCUACUGCCUCGGGAGCAGGGCGACGGGGGCGGCGCUGCUGGCGCGCGCGGCGGGCGGCGGCCACGCGCCGGCGCUGUACGCGCUGGCGGUGAUGCAGUUCAAUGGCAGCGGCGGCGGCAAGGGCGACAAGGACCCGCGCGCGGGCGUCGCGCUGUGCGCCCGCGCAGCGUGGCUCGGCCACACCCCGGCGCUCCGGGAGCUCGGCCACUGCCUCCAGGACGGCUACGGCGCGCGCCGCGACCCCGCCGCCGGCCGCCGCCUCCUCCUCCACGCCGCCGCGCGGGAGCACCUGUCCUGGAAGCACAAGCACAGGCACCACCACCACAGCGGCGGCGGCCACGGGCACGACGACGGCAGCGCCGCCGAGGACGCGGCCAGCCGGUUCAUGGUCGACUGUUGGGACUCACACAGCAGCAAGACGGCAGCUCGGGGAUGCCUCCCCGGCCACCACGCCGACGCCGCCGACGACGACGACCUGCGGCUGUGCUCCCACGCGCGGUGCGGCCGGCGGGAGACGCGGCGGCACGAGUUCCGGCGGUGCUCCGUGUGCGGCGCCGCCAACUACUGCUCGCGCGCGUGCCAGGCGCUCGACUGGAAGCGCGCCCACCGCGCCCAGUGCGCCGCCGCCCGCUGGCUCGCCGCCGGCGACGCGCACUGAGCGCACGACAUGUCGCGCCACACCGCCACCUGUACAUGCCACCACUACAACUAUCUAGCUAGCUAGGUUUAAUGAUCUGAUUAGUGAGGGAUAAUGACGAGUUAGCCACUUAAUCACACCCCCAUAAUUAUAAUUAAUUUCUUGUACAUAUUUAGCUUCAAUUAGUCGCUUUUGGUUAGUGGUUAGGGAUAGUGAUUAGUGAGCUGUUUAGAUGUUAAUGAUGAUGGUGUGUGUGUGUGUGAGCUAGCUGUCUUGAUGUUAGGCGAUGCAUGCCAUCGGCGUGUAGGGUUUUCUUUUUUUCGUGUAAAGGAGAAGAAAGAAAAGGUUUGUGUGUUGCAUUUGCACAACAUUUAUAUAAUUAAUAUGGUUUUGUUUGUGCAAA